AAACCGUGUCGACCUCCAAAACGGCGUGAAUCAUCCCAAUUGUGGUUGGGCAGGUUCAUAAAGAAGGUAUUGCCAAGAUGCUGUUCCUACGUGCAGCCAUGACCCUUUUGGUUGUACAUACCUUGUCAUCCCCACCUUGCCAUCGAUUUUCACAUGCUAGCCCCAACCAGAACGAGCAGCGAGAGGUGAACGAGAAAGAAGAUUCCCGUAAAACAGAGGAGUGCGGAUGUGUGGACUGCGAGAGUCUGCCAUUACCGAACAUCACCAAUGGCGACUGCCAGCGUCGCCCGCUCACGGCGGGUUCCUAUCAAUCGCAGGUUCGUUGCCACUGCCUGGACCGCCACACGAUGUUCAAGACCAGGGGCAAAGGUGUCAGGUCCAGGGUGCAUGGUGAUAGCGCCAACAUGCAGUGCCUGCGCAACUGCUCUGCAAGCUACUGGGCCAGCAACCUUGAAUGCAGACCUACAAAGUGUCUUGAUCGCCCGAGGCUUCCCAGGGGAUCGGAGUUAGCUGCCAAGUGGGAGAGGGUUGGCUACGAUGUUAACACGACUCUGGAGCUACGCUGCGAAAAGGGUUUCAGCAUGAACGAAAAGGUACCGCAGCCUGCUCUCCUAAGGUGCACGGAAGAGGGAUACUGGGUGACGGAUAAUGCGCCUGUGUUGUGCCAGGAGACAUGGCUGGUAAAGUGUACGGCCGUUGACUGGUAUCAGAAAGAACUGCAAGAGCGUCAUCUCCUCUACAAUCCGGAUGCGAAAUUGCUCAAUCCCGGCGAGAGCGUCACGUUCAAUUGCAGUAAGCCUCGCAUGAGACUUGUUGGGAAGAGAACGCUGUCAUGCAGCAUCAGACAGGAUGGAACACCGGUCCUUAGUGACGACUUUCCUCGUUGUGUCCCUGUGAGGUGCGACACCUGGCCCCUGGUCGACAUGCGCCUAGCCAUGUACACACCGACUGGGGAGGAAAUGCCCGCGUACGACCAGAGCAUCCACGCGCCGAACUCCAUUCAAGUGGGAUGCUCGUCGUGUCGUUGUCACGGAAACCACGAGCCUGGCCGGACAGCCUGUACGGAGGAUGAACACAAGACCCGCUGUGAAGCAGCCAGGCGGACGUUGGUAUGUACCGCACCAGAGAAUAAUGGCGAUGGCGUGUGGAUGCUGCAAAAGGACGAUAACAGUUUAGUGCAACAGUUCAAUCUUGGUGAUCUCUCCACGCCUUGCGACCUAGACGUACACUAGAUCAUGGGCACUGCACUAUCUACAGUGUACGCGUGUGUCAGCUUCAACAUACCUGACCAGAUAUGACCAGAUAUGGAUUUUUUCAAUUUGUUUUGACUGAGAAUCACAUUACCCUAUGGAGCACAGCUCAGUCCCCUGACAGUUGGACAAUGCAAAGGAAUGAUUGUAGCACGUUCGGAACGCGUUAACGGCCUCUGUUCUAUGUACUCAACAUUCAAAAUAUUACUUUAUUAGGGUAGUCAUGCAAGUAAAUUAGCGUACUUAAUAAUAUUAUUUUCUCUAAACACAUGUCCAGGAAACAGAAAAUGCACAUGAUGAACACCAUAUACGCGUGGAUACACAUUCAUGGUCUUUCUUCACACUGACUUUGUGAAAAGACCGUUGUAGUAUCCUGAUGGCACAGUCUCACAGAUGAUGUAAACUAUC